CGAGGAUGAAUGAAGAAUUAAUUACUAUUUCGCUAUGGAACGGAGUGAAGUCAUACCGCCAUCAUCAUCAUCCUCCUCCUCCUCCUCCUCAUCUCUCAACCACCGCCUGUUGGGCGGAUUUCACCGACCGGUCUUUUCCAGCUUCCAGCGUCCAUCCAUGUGGAUGAAGGUGAAGAGAGGGAAGGAACUCCACACCCAUUGGCAGGCUGCCCUCUCGCAGCUUGCCCUUUUAUUACACCCCUUCGCAGCUAUCUUCAGGCCACCCACGAUGAUCACGAAAAUUCAGGCCUUCGGGAAUCAUGUUGUGUGCAGCACAGCCGCGAUGAUCGAUCCCUCCCUACCUAUCUGACCUCUAUAUCUCCCUCCGUCCCUCGCUCUCUCUCUCUCGCCGCGUGCCAUACCUUGGCGAAAAGGUCUUACACACACACACAUCCACACACACAUUCCCUCUCCAGUGCAUACACAUAUACUAAAUUUAAACUUUUCCCUCUCCGCGCCCGCCCCGGCCGCAGUUCCAGGCCCACCAGGUACAAUGUCC